AUGUACCUUCCCAGGAAUAAAGAGAAACCCAAAGAAAAUCCUUUCGCGGUGCAGAAGUCACGGCGUUUUAUCGUUGCAUCUUGCGGUCUUGCGUUUCUUACAACGGUGGCGGCCUUAUACCUUGCGCUUGAAAAGGCACGAGGUCGACAACGGCGUCCCGAUGGAGUCUUAAGCCAACAACGCACCGGCAGACGUGUCGUGAUCGUUGGCGCUGGUGCAGCUGGGUCAGCGCUUUCCGCAAGUCUCACGACAGCCUCACCGGAUCUGCACGUGACGGUGAUCGAACGGGAAAAGAAACAUGUGUUUCACGCCAUGGUUCCCCUCGCCCACGUGGGGCACCGUAGUUACGACCUUAACACAACAGGGAAAGUUGAUUUUCUGCGGUCACCUGCCACGUGGAACGUGACACGAGAUGCAUCCCUCGUUCGGGGGGAGGUGGUGCUUGUUGACACUGCACGAAACGAAGUGGUUGUACUUGAAGAUUCUCCCAAUUCUUCUGCAACUCAAUCAUCAUUGCCACCUACCCCACCGCCACCAUCAUCAUCAUCGUCAUCCUUGUCGCGGUGGGUGGCGCCGCUAAAAAGUUGGUGGGCGUGGAGUUCUUCCAUUUUUGGUGCCGCACCGUUGGAGCGUCGCUACCCGUACGACGCACUCGUCAUUGCGUGUGGUGCGGAGCGAACGCUCGGGCCGCUGAAACGUUUUAUUUCACCUUCUCAGGUGGAUCGAUACCGCAUUGCUGUGAAUCCCGGCAUCACACGGGAUUCUCUUGUGCAUCUGUUUCAAGGGACCGUCCUGCACGUAAAGGUGCCUCCAACCUCUUUUGUAACGAACGGCAAGAUGCGGUACACAUCGCGUCAGCACGACGGCACAUUUAUUGGCUCCGUAAAUACCAUUUGGCGUUACAUGUAUUACUUCAACAAACUCUUACUUUGCCCGUACAUUGCAGUGACAGCGGACCGACAGCCGAGCGACGCUUUCCCCCUGAUUCUUAACGAUCGAAUACUGUCCUUGUGGCGAAAUCGUGGUGUUGACUUCAUCACAUGUUCUUAUAUUUCACAUCUUGAUCCACUGCGAAGUGAGGCAACUCUUUACAAUUAUGUCACAAAAGAAAAAAGGGUGGUGCCGUACAAGCUGCUUGUGCUCGAUCUUCCCCUUGUCGCACCUGCCUUUAUCGCGAAGAGCGGAUUAAGUGGCGGGGCAGCGGCGGAGGGGUUUGUUGAUGUCCACCCUGAAACGUUGCAGCAUCGUGUUCAUGCAAAUGUAUUUGCCCUUGGUGACUGCGCAGCCCUCCCAACGGUAAAGAGUUAUGGUGCGGCAUUUGCGCAGGUGCCAGUGGUCAGUCACAAUGUUCGGCAGCUUCUACGGCAACUUGAUCAAGUGAAAGAUAAAGAAGAGGGCUCCUUGAGAUCGCAUGCGGGGUUUGCUCGCUACGACGGAUAUUCCUCGUUCCACGUUGUCAUGACGACAUGGCGUGCCAUGUGGCCGGAGUUAAAGUACGGCAAGUCGAAAUACGAAAUUGGCGAGAGCGGUUCUUACACUCUUGACGGUGCCCCUGUUGUGCUGACAAAUAACCACUUGUGGGAUAAUUUGGCUUGGAUUGACGUCAGAGGUUUUUUGAACGCGGUGUAUUACCAGUUGUUUCUUUACGAGGUGAUGUUCUACUUUCUCUUUACACGGGCUGCGUGGUACCCGCCGAGUUGGUUCUCCGUCCCCACGUUUAGCGAAGAAACAGGCGAGCCUCUUCGCGGGGGGAUGCUGUGA